AUGCAUUUGUUUGAUUUGGAACUAGUUCAAUUGGAUAUGAAAACUGCAUUUUUACAUGGAGAUCUGGAAGAGGAAAUCUAUAUGACUCAGCCAGAAGGAUUCAAAGUUGCUGGAAAAGAAAAUAUGGUAUGCAAACUUGAAAAAUCACUUUACGGAUUAAAGCAAUCUCCAAGGUAGUGGUACAAGUGAUUUGAUAAGUUUGUGCAAAGGCAGAAGUACACAAGAAGCAAAUACGAUCAUUGUGUGUAUUUGCGCAAGCUACAGGAUGGCUCUUUCAUUUAUCUUCUUUUGUAUGUUGAUGAUAUGCUGAUAGCUUCAAAGAACAAAGAAGAAAUUGAGAAUUUGAAGAAUCAGUUUAAUUAAGAAUUUGAAAUGAAAGAUCUGGGCAAAGCACAAAGGAUUCUGGGGAUGGAGAUAACCAGAGAUAGGAAAUUAGGGAGACUUUGUCUGAAUCAGAAGCAAUAUCUAAGAAAGAUACUAAAGCAUUUUGGUAUGGAUGACAAAACCAAGCCUGUUAGUACACCUCUUGCUCCUCAUUUCAAAGUCAGUGCAGCUCAGUCGCUAAAUAUUGAUGCAGAACGGGAAUACAUGUCAAAAGUUCCCUAUGCAAAUGCUGUAGGUAGCUUGAUGUAUGCUAUGGUGUAUACAAGGCCAGACAUUUCACAAGCAAUUGGAGUUGUGAGCAAGUACAUGCAUGAUCCUGACAAGGAGCAUUGGCAAGCUGUGAAAUAUUUGGAUAAACGUCGAUCAACUACUAGUUAUGCGUUUACUCUUGCAAAAGCACUAGUUAGUUAGAAGUCUACUUUACAGUCAGCAGUGGCUUUGUCUACAACAGAGGCAGUGUAUAUGACAGUUACAGAGGUUGUGAAGGAGGCAAUUUGGUUUCAAGGGUUGCUUGAUGAAUUGAGAAUUAGGCAAAACAACAUUGUUGAACAUUGCGAUAGCCAAAGUGCUAUUCACUUGGCAAAGAACCAAGUUUAUCAUGCAAGGACAAAGCAUAUCGACAUUCGCUUUCAUUUUGUCAGAGAAAUUCUGGAAGAAGGACAGGUUCAACUCCAGAAAAUUCAAACUACUGAGAAUCCUGCUGAUAUGAUGACAAAAGUGGUGACAGCCGUCAAGUUCAAACACUGUUUGGACUUGAUCAAUAUUGUUAAAAAUUGA